AUGGGUAUCAAGGGCAUUCGCACGGCUCUCAAAGUUGACCUCAAUAAGCACGCGCGGGAACAGCCCGGACUCCAUAACAGGUGGCAUCCUGACAUUCCUGCCUGUGAAAAGAUUGCCAACAAUGAAGUCGUGAAGAUCGAAUGCCUGGACUGGACAGGUGGGCAAAUCAAGAACAAUGAUUCCGCCGACGAUGUCAGGGACGUCGAUUUGACAGAAAUUCACUAUCUUUCCGGUCCAUUUGACAUAGAAACUGCCGAGCCUGGCGACGUGUUGGUCGUCGAGAUCCAGGACGUCCAGCCCUUCCAGGAGCAGCCAUGGGGGUUUACCGGCAUUUUCGAUCGUAAUAACGGCGGUGGAUUCUUGGAUGAGCACUACCCCAAAGCGGCAAAGGCGAUUUGGGACUUUGAAGGCAUCUUCUGCUCAUCUCGGCACAUUCCACACGUCCGUUUCGCGGGAUUGAUCCAUCCCGGUAUCCUGGGAUGUGCUCCUUCGGCGGAGGUGCUUGCCGAGUGGAAUCACCGUGAGGGCGAGCUGAUUGCCGCAAACACGGUCACCGAUCGAAUUGUCGCGCAGCCACCAAAUGCCACCAAUGCUCAUGCGGGUAGCGCUGUUGAGGAUAUCAAGGAAAGAGUCGCGAAGGAGGGGGCCAGAACCAUUCCAGGUCGUCCCGAGCACGGCGGCAACUGUGAUAUCAAGAAUCUGUCCCGCGGCUCCAAGGUAUACCUUCCCGUUCACGUUCCCGGUGCUAAGUUCUCCGUUGGAGACCUGCACUUCUCACAGGGAGACGGCGAAAUCUCGUUCUGUGGUGCCAUUGAGAUGGCAGGUGUGAUCACACUCAAGUUCACGGUGAUCAAGAAUGGAAUGGCGAAGCUGAACAUGAAAUCGCCUAUUUUCCACGCCGGACCUGUGGAGCCUCAGUUUGGACCUGGGCGCUAUCUCACUUUUGAGGGAUUCUCGGUUGAUGAGAAAGGAAAACAGCACUAUCUUGAUGCUACGGUGGCCUACAGACAGACUUGUCUACGGGUGAUUGAGUAUCUUCGACGCUAUGGUUACUCGGAUGAACAGAUUUAUCUUCUAUUGAGUUGUGCUCCGGUGCAGGGCCAUAUUGCGGGCAUCGUUGAUAUCCCGAAUGCCUGCACUACUCUUGGCGUUCCAAUGGAUAUCUUCGACUUUGAUAUCAGGCCCGAGGCCGAUGUUGCUAAGCUUGACAUGGGCACCUGUGCUUUGACCAGCGAGUAG